AGUGUGAGUCACAGGCUAUUCAAGUCUGUGCAUUAUGUUCUGAGUCACCGGACAGGCGCCUUGCCCAGGAUCAAGGCAGACUUUGUGUCCACAAAGUAGGAACAGCCGCAGAAGCAGCCACAGCAGCAGGUAUCUUCAAGUCGAAGCUGUGGGGAGGCUCUAAGACCUCUCAGAUCCCCGGGGGCCUAGACAGAUAUUGUCUCUAAAGAGCCUGGACAGAAGUCAAGAAGGAGAAAGGCCAGGAUCUCGCCAAAGUUGAAGAGCCCAGGAGCUAGCAGAAGACUAGUGACAGAAAGUCUAGACCCUCUCAAAUGGAUGACCUCUGUGAAGCCAAUGGCUCUUUUGCCAUCAGCCUAUUAAAAAUACUGGGUGAAGAAGACAAGUCACACAACCUGUUCUUCUGCCCCAUGAGUGUCUCUUCAGCCCUGGCUAUGGUGUACCUUGGAGCCAAAGGAAACACUGCUACCCAGAUGUCUCAGGUACUUGGUUUACGUGGAGAUGGAGAUGUUCAUCAAGGUUUCCAGACACUUCUCACUGAAGUUAACAAAACUGGCACUCAGUACUUGUUAAAAAGUGCCUGCCGACUCUUUGGAGAAGAAUCGUGUGAUUUCCUUUCGACCUUCAAAGAAUCCUGCCAGAAGUUCUAUCAGGCUGGGCUAGAAGAGCUGUCCUUUGUUAAAGACACUGAAGGGUGCAGGAAACGCAUCAAUGACUGGGUGUUGGAAAAAACAGAAGGUAAAAUUUCUGAAGUUCUGAGUCCUGGAACAGUCUGCCCACUGACUAAGUUGGUUCUUGUGAAUGCCAUGUAUUUCAAAGGGAAGUGGAAGGCUCAGUUUGACAGGAAGUACACGAGAGGCAUGCCCUUUAAAACUAAUCAGGAGAAAAAAACAGUGCAGAUGAUGUUCAAGCAUGAUAAAUUUAAGAUGGGGCACGUGGACGAGGUGAACAUGCAGGUUCUGGCUCUACCCUAUGCUGAGGAAGAGCUAAGCAUGGUUGUUCUCCUUCCUGAUGAGGGCACUGAUCUGGCUGAGGUGGAAAAAGCACUCACAUAUGAGAAGUUUAGAGCCUGGACAAACCCAGAAACCCUGACAGAAAGUAAAGUCCAAGUCUUUUUCCCCAGAUUAAAGCUGGAGGAGAGUUAUGACCUGGAGACUGUUCUUCAGAAUUUGGGAAUGACAGAUGCCUUUGAGGAAACAAAGGCUGACUUCUCUGGAAUGACAACUAAGAAGAAUGUGCCCGUGUCCAAGGUUGCCCACAAGUGCUUUGUGGAGGUCAACGAGGAAGGCACUGAAGCAGCCGCUACUACUGCAGUGAUCAGGAAUGCCCGGUCCUGUCGAGUAGAACCACGGUUCUGUGCUGACCACCCAUUCCUUUUCUUCAUCUGGCACCACAAAACCAGCAGCAUCUUGUUCUGUGGCAGGUUCUCUUCUCCAUAGUGGCCUUCCGGGGCUGAGGAGUGGUGCUGUGUUUGCAUAACAAGUACAAGGUCUGGCUCAACCCUACCUAAGCACCCCAUAAAAUCAGGCAUGGUGGUGCCUACCUGGCAUCCUAGCAUUUGGGAGGUGCAGGGUAGGUGGGCCACACAUUCAAGGCUUUUCUCAGUGACACAGCAGAUUCUGUCUCAAACAACAACAGCAAAAAAGACAAGAAAAGUAGAAUAUGUGAUUGAUUUACACACCAUUCUUUGCUGAAUGCCAGAAUUAAAAUUCCAUGUUACCAGAUAUGCCAAGGUGAUUUCUAUGUUAAAAUAAAAAGAGUAUACUUAGUAGUUGGUAAAUAACUUUGCAGACUGCCUCUAUGCUGCGUUUGGCAGUUUGGAACUGACAAGGAGGCCAUGUUGGUUUAGAGUGUCUGAGGUGAUUCUCAUCUCCAGCCUUACUCACAACCCAGAUCCUGAAGUGCUGCUCCACGCUGUUAACAUCUCUAAGCUGUGUGCCUCCACCACUGACAGACUUUCCAGGAAAUGCCAGGGAAGGUCCCCCCCUUCACAAAGAGCUAGAGAGUGACUGCUGUAACUGCCCCAUGACUCCCGAGUUCUCCUGUAUGACUCAGGGUUCAGGCAACUCUUUCCACAGUUUCAAGUGCAAGUUCAAGGACUCAGUGGGAACCUUCAAGAUGGAGCUGAGAGAUGGCGCUCCAAAGCGUUUCCUUAUUCCCCCACCCCUAAUUCUUUCUAAAGCUCCAAGUGUUCUUCUUGUCUCCCUAAACUCUUUCUAAUGAAAACAUCAUAUGGAACGAUUCUUACAAACCAUAUUUCUAACCACAUGCUCAGACGUGAUUCAAAUGCAACCCCAAUGCUCUAAAUGCAUAUACAUCAGUACAUAGACUCAGAUGGUUGUAUUUAUACCCCGUGUGUCUGUGUGGCGUGUGUGUGUGUGUGUUUGUGCAACAAAGAAGUUAUGAAUAUGAGAGGGAGUGAACAAGGCACAGGAGGAGUCAGUGAAUAUGGAUAUGAGAGGGAAUGUAAAGACUAGUUUUAUAUGAAAUUCUAAAAUAAAAUUACAAAUUAAAUAAAAUAGACUGAAUUAUAUUUUCUGACUGAAUAUCAUUUGUAUUAUGGAAGAAAGUGGAAAAUUAUAGGAAAACAUACAAAGAAAAUUUAAGCUUUCUGCAAAUCCCCUCUCAGAAAUCACCACUAAUAUGAAUAUGCAUUACCUUUAUUAUAUGUAUGCAAAUAUAAAUUCAUAAUAUUUCAGCAUAGGUUGAUGAUAAUUUUUGUAGCUUAUCAUUCAGUGGCAACAUCUUGCUGUGCGUUGAAUUUUGGGAUGGGGCAGCAUUUUCUGCAACUAAACCUACUUAGAUAAUUUUGGAAAUUAAACAUGUAUUAUAGACUCCUGUGUUGAAUAUCUUUAAUUAUACUCUUAAUUUCUCCAUAAAUUUUACUAAAAUGAUAAUACUGUCAGUAUAAUGUUUAGAUAUCUGACAAGACAUCCAAAAUGAUCUCCAAAACUUGAGCUGUCUUAGUCACACUAAGGUUUCAUUACAGUGCAUUAACAAUCGCUGGUCCUAUUAAUGUUUAAUGAGGUAGACUAGAUAAUGGUGACUUCUGACUGCUUUAUUCUCAGUUGACAGUCCCAUGAAUCCUGCACAAUGUAGUUCUUCAUUAAAUCUCACCAAGCUGCACAGAAUGCGUCCUCAGGCCACCUUCAGCUCAGGAACUGUGCGUUCCAAACAGGUUUGGUUAUGACCCAAUCCAGGAGCUGAGAAAGUAUGACUCUGUGAACUUUGAUCUGAUUUCCAUCUUUAAUUUGGAAUUACACUUUUCCUGAGGUAUAAUUGGAUAGAAUCGGAAUAAUUGAGUGCACAGUUCAGUAAGUUCUGAAGCAUGCAUCUCCCCCCUGCUGCCAUCUGCACAGCUAACUUGCAGAACAGGACUGUCAGACCUGUAGAUUUUCCCUGGAUACUUUUUGAAAUAUCUCCUGUAGAAUUAAAAAAAUUAAUUAAAAUGUAUUUUUUUUCAUUUCCCCUCCUUCCUACUGCUCCUGUGUCCAUCCUCCAAAAUCAAAGUCCCCUUGUCUUUAACCAUAGUUUUUGCAUAUACAUCUAAAUGGAUCAACAUACACAUCUGCUAAGUCUUCUCAGUAUCCCUGCAUGAAUUUGUUUCUGUGGCUGACCACUAAGUAAGAGAUAACCAAUUUUGGGGCUCAUCCCUGAUGAUGACUAAUUCUCCCCAUUCCAGCAGUGUUAAUUAUAGGUUUUCAUCUAAGGGUGUGGCCCCUUGACAUUAUCUCUACUACAUCAGGAUGUAAACUGUGGCUGGAAUUUUCAGGUCUUUUUUAUGUAGGUACAUUGUUGAGAGUUCAUUGUUUAGUUCCCCUUUCAUAGCUGGAAAGUCCAAUCUCACAACACAUUUCCUGGUCUUCUGGCUUUUAUGAUCUUUCUGCCUCUUCUUCUGUGAUGUUCCCUGGGCCUGGGCUUGUAACCUUUGUAUCCAUUCCCUUUCUGUUCAGUUCCAGUCACUUACACCACUCUCAGACAAGCACUUCUCUGUUUCCUAAUUAAUGUUGUGGGAUCCUGUAUCCAUUUAUAUGUUGUUCCUGUCAUUCGCUGAAAAUACCUUUAGAUUCUUCUUUAUUACAGUAUAAUAUAUAUUA